AUGGAUUUAAGAGUCCACUUCAAAAAUACGUACGAAACGGCAAGGGCUAUAAGGAGGAUGAAAUUGUUGGAUGCGAAAAAGUACCUGAAUGACGUCAUUGAGAAGAAGAGGUGUGUGCCGUUCCGUAGGUACAACGGAGGUGUUGGAAGAACCAACCAAGCCAAAGAGUUUAACCACACGCAAGGAAGAUGGCCCGCGAAAUCAUGCAAGUUUUUGUUAAACGUGUUGGAUAAUGUGCAGGCCAAUGCAGAGGCAAGAAAUUUGGAAGUGAGCAAGCUGAGGCUAAUCCACGUGAUGGUCAACAGAGCACGAGCAGGACGAAGAAGAACGUUUAAGGCCCACGGUCGAAUCAACCCGUUCAUGUCAUCUCCGUGCCACAUCCAAGUAAUCGCCAAGGAGAUUUCCAAGCCAGCGAAAAAGUCCCUCCUGACGAACGCGGAAAAGCAGAAAGAGCUGCCCUUCAAAAUUACCUUAAAAAAAUUGAUUAAAUUAAAUAUGUCGAAGCAGAAUUUUGAAAAGAAUAAGAAGAAGGUCGCACAUUAG